AUGGCACUGCUGGCCGUGUUGGAAAGCUUCAUGCGUCGCUCUUUAACAAACCGGUUAUACCCCCGCCAUGCCAGCGCCAUGAACAACCUCGGCACUCUAACUCGCAACCCAGAGGAGGCUGAGCGCUACUACAGGAGAGCACUGGACACAAACCCUCAGCAUAACCGAGCUCUGUUUAACCUUGGAAACCUCCUCAAGUCCCAGGGGAAGGAGAAAGAGGCUGAGACUUUGCUGAAGGACUCCAUACGUUAUGGUCCACAUUUCGCUGAUGCUUAUUCUAGUCUGGCAUCACUCUAUGCUGAGCAGAAACGCUUUGCUGAAGCCAAUGAAGUGUAUCUGAAAGGAAUAGAGAACUGUCCAGACAGCUCUGACCUGCAUAAUAACUACGGAGUGUUUCUGGUGGAUACGGGAGAAGGUGAGCUGGCAGCUGCUCACUACCAGCAAGCUGUUAGACUCAAACCAGCACACUACGUUGCCAUGGUGAACCUGGGCCGCCUGCUCCGAUCCUCCAAUGAGAACAAAGAAGCCGAGUCUUGGUACAAGAGGGCGCUGCAGGUGACGAGGAAGGUGGACAUUUUGACUCCACUUGGAGCUCUGUACUACAACACAGGACGCUACGAGGAGGCCCUGCAGGUGUACAGAGAGGCAACUUCCCUGCAGCCAGACAGUACCGACAUCUGGUUGGCUCUGGCUCAGGUUUUAGCCAUGGCAGGUCGUCCCAAAGAGGCUGAGAAGAUGACCCUUGACAUCAUAUCCAGAGAAGGCAGCUGUAUCGAAUGUUACCGCCUCCUGUCCGCAAUCUACAGCAAGCGUGGCAACUACACAGAGGCUCUGGAUGCUCUGGACAGGGCACUGCAGCAGAACCCCAGUGAUCUAACAGUGAGAGCAGAGCUGUAUUUCUCCAAAGGAAACCAGCUCAGAGAGAUGAACCAGCUGGACCGAGCCUUUGAG